AGCGGCGCGCGGGGUGGGGGCGCGCAGGUGCAUCCGCUUCCCUCAGGGCGCCUCCCGCCGCCGUCCCGGGGCAGCGCCCGGGGGAAGGUCGGUGUUCGCUCCCGGCCGGACGGAGCGCAGGUUCUCCCCGUACUCCGACCGCCGCCGGUGAGGGGAGGGGAGAGGGAAGACCGGAGGAGGGCGCGGAGGCAACGCCGUCACCAGAGGAGGCGGUGGCGGGGAAGAAGAGGAGGAGAAGAAGCCGGCGCGGAGCCUCGCCUCACCUCGCCUCGCCUCACAGCCCCUCCGCCGUCCCCGCCUCGCCGUCCACGGCCGCCGGAGUCACCGGCGGCCGCCCGUCCUCAUGAUGGCCUCGACCACCUGCACACGCUUCACCGACGAGUACCAGCUCUUCGAAGAGCUCGGAAAAGGGGCGUUCUCCGUCGUGAGGAGGUGUAUGAAAAUCACCACAGGACAAGAGUACGCUGCCAAAAUUAUCAACACCAAAAAGCUUUCAGCUAGGGAUCACCAGAAACUGGAAAGAGAAGCCAGAAUCUGUCGCCUCCUGAAGCAUCCUAAUAUUGUGCGGCUCCAUGACAGCAUAUCAGAAGAAGGAUUCCAUUACUUAGUCUUUGACUUAGUCACCGGAGGUGAAUUGUUUGAAGAUAUAGUUGCAAGAGAGUAUUACAGUGAAGCAGAUGCCAGUCAUUGUAUACAGCAGAUUCUAGAAAGUGUUAAUCAUUGUCAUCUAAAUGGCAUAGUUCACAGAGACCUGAAGCCUGAGAACUUACUUCUAGCUAGCAAAUCCAAGGGAGCAGCAGUAAAACUGGCAGACUUUGGAUUGGCUAUCGAAGUCCAGGGAGAACAACAGGCUUGGUUUGGCUUUGCUGGUACUCCAGGAUACCUUUCUCCAGAAGUGUUACGAAAAGAUCCUUAUGGAAAGCCUGUGGAUAUGUGGGCAUGUGGAGUCAUUCUGUACAUCCUCCUGGUGGGAUAUCCUCCCUUCUGGGAUGAAGACCAGCACAGACUUUACCAGCAGAUCAAGGCUGGUGCUUAUGAUUUCCCCUCACCAGAAUGGGACACAGUGACUCCUGAAGCAAAAGACCUUAUCAAUAAAAUGCUCACCAUCAACCCAGCGAAACGUAUCACAGCAUCAGAAGCACUGAAGCAUCCAUGGAUCUGUCAACGUUCUACUGUUGCCUCUAUGAUGCACAGACAAGAGACUGUAGAUUGCUUGAAGAAAUUCAAUGCAAGAAGGAAACUAAAGGGGGCCAUUUUGACAACAAUGCUGGCUACCAGAAAUUUCUCAGCAGCCAAGAGUUUACUGAAAAAGCCAGAUGGAGUUAAGAAAAGGAAGUCCAGUUCGAGUGUUCAGAUGAUGAUAAACAACAAAACCAACGUGGUAACCAGCCCCAAGGAAAAUAUUCCUACCCCGGCGCUGGAGCCCCAAACUACAGUAAUCCACAACCCUGAUGGAAAUAAGGAAUCAACAGAGAGUUCCAACACGACCAUCGAAGAUGAGGAUGUCAAAGCGGGCAAGUCUAUGAGAAAUGCAAACUCAGAGAGUCAAUCGCUUGAGUCUGAGCUCUCCCACUCCACUCCUUCCUCUGUACUAUCUCGUAAGCAGGAGAUUAUCAAGGUGACCGAGCAGUUGAUCGAAGCCAUCAACAACGGGGACUUCGAAGCUUACACAAAAAUCUGUGAUCCAGGCCUUACGUCUUUUGAACCUGAAGCUUUGGGUAAUCUGGUAGAAGGGAUGGACUUCCACCGGUUUUACUUCGAAAAUGCUCUGUCCAAAAGCAACAAGCCGAUCCACACCAUCAUCCUGAACCCUCACGUGCACCUGGUGGGCGAGGACGCGGCGUGCAUCGCCUACAUCCGCCUGACGCAGUACAUGGACGGCAGCGGCAUGCCAAAGACUAUGCAGUCCGAGGAGACGCGCGUGUGGCACCGGCGCGACGGCAAGUGGCAGAACGUGCACUUCCACCGCUCGGGCUCGCCCACCGUACCCAUCAAGUAAGGAACAGCCCCAGCACCAGCUCACACCUCCUAGGCACACCGCGUAGUCCGAUAGCUGCUUUGGGCCUUAAAAACUGCGAGCCGUCCUCUGGUAGUGUCAUUUCUUGUGGUUGUUUAUUAUGUGUUAUACCCGCUGGUGUGCGUAGUAUUGGUGCGGAGGUUUUUUAAAUAAUGCGCUUUUCUGGUUGUGUUUUUUUCUACUGUGAUGCCCACCGAUUCAAUUCGGUCCCUGAACUGACAGCUUGAAGAGCAGGAAGGUGUUUUAAUGUAGAGAAAGCUUGAUGGAAGUCACACAAAAUAGGAUUGGAAAACCUGGAAUAGAAUUGCUGGAAAACCUGGAAAAAUAAAAAGCAGUAGGAUAUAUGGAGCUGUGAGAGCUGACCAGAAAGUUUUGUGUAAAGAAGUGUCACUACGGGGAAAAACUGAAGUUUGACUAAUAUUUAGUGUGAUUUCCAGCCAUCUCUACUUCCUCAGGCCUAGAUAUGUUCCCUGCAACUUGGGUUUGAGCCAGUUUGCACGUUUCCCUGGUAAAUUGAGCCAUCCCAGUACCAUCUUUCCCCACGCUCUCCACGCGUAACUGCCGAGUAUUCCCGUCAGACAGCUCCGACAUCCCCGUGGGAAAGCCUCGCGUCUCUCCUGUCAGCUUUUCUCUCUGCUCUUCAUCCAGGCCCUGCCACACCCUUGGGGUCAGGCAGUGCCCAGGCUCCUUGAGCCACGUGACACUCAGGCCGUUGGCUCCUGUUCUUCAAUAGCCUCUGCUAAUGAGCUCAAAUCUCAGUGACUUGAGGUUUCCCAGAUAGGCAGCACUGGUCCAGGCCUGGCUUUGCACAGUUGUGAGCCCUCUGUGUAGGAUACAAUUCCAUUUGUGUCAGGUGUCUUAAUGUGGAGAGUGGCUGAAUUACCUGGCGUGGAUGGUAAGGGCUCAGAUUUCAUCCUUUGAACUUCAUCAUGUCUUGUAUUUUACUUCUUGCAACACUCUCCUCCUAUAUUAAAUAAUACUUGAUGAAGUAAGAAAUAAGGUAGAAUGAAGUGUUAAAUUUCCAUGGUGAUGAUUUUGUAUUCUUCUUUUUAUUUAGGAAAAAAGAAAUUUUAUUACUUAGGGAUAACUGUUUUAUUUCAAAAUGUGAAACCGAUGGGAACAGGAGCCACGUUGUCCUUUGUUUCUCACAUUCCAGCUGCACUGCCAGUGUUUCAACAGAUCAUACUCAAAGAGCAGUUCCACUUCCUUGAAAUGCAGUGUUAGGUAAAUCUUGGAGGUGUUCAUAAAGGCAUCUGAGCUGGGUGUGUAGAGCCAGAAAGCCCAAGUGAAGCAGGUUCACCUGGCCCACUGUACCCUGAGCAGUCAGUGUUUACAGCACAGUGACAUGAAUUGGACGAGGGAAUCAUUUAAUCUUUCAUUAUUUUUUGUCACAUCUGUGUUUUUGGGACAGAGGUGCUGCAGGAGGUUCUUUGCAGUUAUUUGUGCUCUCUAGUAAAGAUGAGAAUUUCUGGAACUGCCAUGGGUGGAAGGAGAAGCAAAAUCACCAUGGAGUAACUUUUUGGAGGUUGCAGGGCAAUUUCUGUAUUGGUGAAUGCUUUGAGCCUAUGGGAUCAGACUGAGGAGAUUCCAGAAUUGUGAGGGCUAUCCAAGCUUAAGGGGUCACAGAACCAGACUGAGGCUUGAGGAGAGAUUCCCUGAGUUAGCAACAUAGCCCUACAUAUGUAGCACUGGCAGCAAUAUCACAAAAAUCCCAUAACCAGCUCUCAUCUUGAAUUCAGAGGAGGUUUUUGGACUUGCUCCUAGCACUAUGUCAUCGUUGUUCUGCACUGGUUAGGUGUGCAGACAUCAGCUGGUUUGUAGGAAGGCUGAUCAGAUCGUUCCCACCUUCUUCUUCUGUAGGGUGAACAGCCAGUGCUACCCCAGAUGGUUUUGUCUGAUAGGAUCUCCAUUUUCCAGCUACCUUAUCUCCUUACUGUCUUCUUUUGUUUGAGGUCUGCCUUUCCAUUAGCUUGGCUUCUUCUGAAAUGCUCUGUCCAAUUGUGGGACUUUAUUCAAUUCCCCAAUAUCUUUCUUUUCCCUGCUCUGUUCUGGCAUGAUUUUUGCACUUUUGUGAUCUGCAGCACGUCUGAGAUAGCCACCUGUUUAUCCUCAACUCUCAUGUCCAACCAGUGAGUACAUAGAAACUUCUAGAGCUUUGGACUUCCUAUUAUUCCAUGUAAUACUUUUGGAUUAGCCAGCCUUCAAGGUUAUUUGGUUCUCCUUGUACAAUGCUCCUGUUUUCUUUUCUUUUUAUAGUGCCUUCCACCUAAGUGUCAGUAUGCUACGUGAGAUCAGUCCUACUGCUUGUGCUGAGGACUAGUGAGUCUCCUCUAGGCUGAUAGCUCCCAUUUCAGCACAAACAUUCUUUCUUUAUUCCCCUUCUUCUUAAGUCUGACUGGGAGAUUCCCACGUGGCACCAAGCUAGAAUCACCUCCUAUGACCUGUCUUGACCAUUUUUACACUGUCUCAAAUUUCAUCUUUGCUUUUCCCAGUCUGACCAGCAAUAACUCUGUUUUGGAAAACUAGAGAAGAAACUUGAUUAACAUGUUGUUCUAGUUUAUCUUCCCUUUAUUUGAAAGUAUGCAGUGUACAGCUACUUAUUUAAUUAUUACCAGCACACAGUAGUUAAUAAUGGCAUUUCCAUAAUACAAAAGUAUUUUAUAUAUCAUGUCUGAAGAUGAAUUUCAAAUCUAAUCAAGUUGCAGAAACGAUUAGAGCUGUGAUCUGCUUCUGCAGGCACAGUAUCCUAGAUAAUGUUACAUCAGUUUCUGCGAGCACAGAAGCUUCCUUGUUUUCAGGACUAUGGGAAGGAGUGUGUAUAAAUCUAAGGGUAGAACUGAGGUCUUUGGUAGCUGUAGGUAUAGGGAAAUGUUUCCUUGUGGCAGAGAAUGUAAUUGAAAAAGGAUAGAAGCACAAAUGUGUAUUUGUUUAUAAAUAUAUUGUUUAUAAAUAAAUUUUAUUGGUAGUUUUGCUGCGCAUGAGAUGAGGCAGACUUGGGUUUCUGUCUCACCCAUUGUUUCUGUCUGGGUGAUAGGAUAUGGUGAUUGGUGAUGGUAGGAAUUGUUCUCUGUAUCCUUGUUCUUAGGGACCUGUGCAGAUGUGUUUCUGCUUGUUCUCGCCGAGUGCACCUGCCCAAUAGGAGCAGUCAAAGGGCUGCUGGGCCUGAAAGUGACUCCCUAACCUACCUUCAGCCUCAGUGAGGCUUAUGUUCCCUCCCUGACCACAGCUCACACCUUCUUAUACUUUGAUAAGCACAGUGCCAGAGAGCAGGAAUGCUGAGUAAAGAGUUUGUUCUGUGUUUGUGCAGUGCCUAGCGCAGAGGGAUCCCACCACGGCUCCAGCCCCUAGAUGCUACGGUAAUACAAAUGAUGCUCCAACCUCAGUUAGCUCCAUACUUGCUGCCAGCUCCUUUCCCUUCCUUCUCUCUCUGCAUUUGGCUCUGGCAUGUCUUGCAUGUGAAUGACACCCGAUUCUUCCUUGUCACUUGGUCCAGUCUUUGUACAAGAGCCUCAGUCCAUGGCAGUGCCUGCGAUGUCCAUGCUGAGGAAGUUGAGUUACACCCAGAGACUUUGGAAUUCCGCCCUCCCUCCCUUAAGGAAUCCCUUAAGGCACUUUGGCUUCCUGCCUCAGUUUCCUUUUUUAUUUUAACAGCCCGUCUGGCAUCUUGUAAAGAUGGAAAAUGUCUGUAAAGUGGUUUGAAAAAUAAAAGAAUGCCUUGCCUGAGUGGAGGUUUUUUUCCCUUGCUUUUUCCCAGUAUCGUGUUAAGUGAUCUCGACAAGAUGGUUUUUUUUCAAUGGCAUUGGCUAACACUUGAGCAUGUGUUGUUAUCUGGUGGUGAUGUUACCUCAGUAAUGGAAAUCUGUUUGUUUUUUCUCCUUCCUCCUAGCUAAAAAUAUCAGCGGUGCCGCUCUUGCAUUUUCUGUACCCAACGCACCUGGUUGAUUACCAUCUUGGCCAUCCCGUUCUCUUCAUGCAUGUUUCUGAGUGCAUGAAGUUGUGAAGGUUCUUCAUGUAACACAUUUGUGAUGCACCACGUUGCUGUAUAUUCCAUCUGUACACUGUUAACAUUUCAAUGAAGGUGAUGUUCCAUGCAAAUAGAGAAUAACAAGGCGUAAAAGACAAAAAGAGAUAUUGGAUGGACAGCAGUAGACACACAAUAAUACAUUUGUCACUUGCUCCAUUUAUGCCAAGUUUUGACAGACAACUUUAAAAUCUAUCGUGUUUAUUAAA